AGAAAACUAUGGGCAAUUUCAAGGGGCAUGCCCUCCCUGGAAGCUUUUUCCUUCUUUUUGGCUUGUGGUGGUCAGUUAAGUAUCCACUGAAGUAUGCCUGUCGAAAAAACAAGAACACUUGCUAUCUUGGUUCCAGGGCAGGUUUUCAGCGCUUGGAGUUUGUUGAAGGGAUCAUCAAAGCUGUCUUUGCUCUGAUUGGAAUGGUGGCCGAGCAGUUUGUUCCUGAUGGACCUCAUCUGAAGUUGUAUAAUUAUGAGGAAAAGCACUGGGAUCACUUGAUGAACUGGCAACAUGCCACCAUGUACCUUUUCUAUGGUAUUUCAGGGUUGGUUGACAUCGUGGCUCAUGGGACCAAUGCAUUGCCAGUGGCUAUGGACAGGAUGAUGCUUUCCUUAGCAGUGUUUAUUGAAGGUUUUCUCUUUUGCUACCAUCUUCAUGGACGAGCCAUGCUGGAUGUCCAUGUUCAUCAGUUAUUGCUAUUUGCUAUCUUUGGAGCUGCUGUUUGCAUAUUUCUGGAAGUUUUCUUCCGUGGCAGUAUUGUGCUAGAGAUGUUCCGUACCAGCCUCUGCAUACUACAAGGCAGCUGGUUCUGGCAGAUUGGCUUUGUGCUUUAUCCUCCAAAUGGGAGCCCAGAGUGGAAUCAGAUGGAUCAUACUAAUAUGAUGUUCCUGACCAUGUGCUAUUGCUGGCAUUACGCCUUUGCUUUUCUGAUACUUGCAGUGAAUUACACAAUUGUCAGCUGGGCAGUUCGUUCAAAGGUUAAACAGUCUCAGUCCAUGGAAUUGGGAUUAUUGAAAACAUCUGAACGAGAUCAGGAGUCCGAAGAUGAAAUUUAGUAUGAAGGGCAGACUUGGUAUUGAUUCGUGGUGCUCACACCAGUACCUUCUUUGUCACGUGCUUCAAAGAAAACCAGAUUAACACCGGAUAGACUUGAACUGGAUGAAGUGGCAUGAUGAACUCUGUGUGUUUACCUAGUUAAAAACUAAACAAAAGGUUUUCCUAUUCAGUUUCCAUAAUUAGAGUGUCCAAAUAAGCAUGUUUGUUUCUCUGCAAGUAACUGCAUAAAUAACUGUGCAGACCUGGAAAACAGUAGAACAGGAUGAAAAAAAUAAGAGUCUUGCAGCUAUCUUGUACGAUACCUUUGUAUCUCUGCUUGUGGCUUUAUGAUAAAUGAAAAGAACUACUCAUUGCACACCCAUUCAGCAUUUCCCUCAAGAGUUUAUCCACUCCUGCAGAGACAUUACCUAGCUUGAUAGGAGGACCAAAGAGGUGUAUGAUGAUCAACAGUCAUGGAAGUUAUUCGUUCUGGUGCCUAGAUAGUCCUUGAUCUUUGCUAUCACUUGACUUUGAAAGGCAGUGAAAGGGACUCUGCUCUUCCUCAGUGCCUGUAACCACUUUUCCAGAAAGGCCUAGGGAUGUCUGGUGGGGCAGCACCCAGACGCAAAGCUAGUUUCUUUCCCAAAGUUAUUUCAUUUCCUUUGGUGGAAUUCAGUAGUUUUCUGCAGGAAUCGUAGCAGACUCUGGACCCAGCACCUGGGGCAGGAGUGGUUGAUGCUGAUCUGUGGAUUGGAUGAGAUGAAUUUGCAUCCUUUUCCCCGUGUUGCCCUCUCAAGUGCUGGGCAGCCUACACAGUGCUGCAU